GACGUUAGUCCCUGGGGGAUGUGGAGAGCUGGCAGCAUGUCGGCGGAGCUGGGGGUUGGCUUCGCCCUGAGGGCGGUGAACGAGCGCGUGCAGCAGGCGGUGAUGCGGCGGCCGCGGGAACUCCCAGCCAUCCAGCCCCGGCUAGUAGCGGUCAGCAAAACCAAGCCUGCAGACAUGGUGAUCGAGGCCUACAGUCACGGGCAACGCACUUUCGGGGAGAACUAUGUUCAGGAACUGCUUGAAAAAGCAUCAAAUCCUAAAAUUCUGUCUUCGUGUCCUGAGAUCAAAUGGCACUUCAUUGGCCAUCUACAGAAACAAAAUGUCAACAAAUUGAUGGCUGUCCCCAAUCUCUUCAUGCUGGAAACAGUGGAUUCUGUGAAGCUGGCAGACAAAGUGAACAGUGCGUGGCAGAAAAAAGGUUCUCCCGAAAGGUUAAAGGUUAUGGUCCAGAUUAACACCAGCGGAGAGGAGAGCAAACAUGGCCUGCCGCCUGCAGAGAUGGUGGCCAUGGUGGAACACAUAAACGCCAAGUGCCCCAGCCUGGAGUUCGUGGGGCUGAUGACCAUCGGGAGCUUGGGGCACGAUCUUAGUGAAGGACCAAACCCAGACUUCCAGGUACUCGGGGCCCGGGAUGGGGGCGCUGCUCACGUGCUGAGCAAGCAUCCGGUGAGAUGCUGUUGCAGGGCUGGCUGCUGCCGUCAACUCCACAGACAUCCCGGACGUUGCCUGUCAUGUUAUAUUAUUACUCUCUUCUGGAACUCUCCUCAUACGGUGUUACUGGCGCUCCGGGAGGAGCUGUGCGGGAAGCUGAGCAUUCCUGCCGACCAGGUGGAGCUGAGCAUGGGCAUGUCCGUGGACUUCCAGCACGCGAUUGAAGUGGGAUCUACGAAUGUCCGAAUAGGAAGCACCAUUUUUGGAGAGCGAGAUUACUCCAAGAAAGCUGCCCCGGACAAGCCUGCAGCAGAGCUGAAGGCCCCGGCGGCGGAGGCGGCCCGGGCACUUUGAGCAGCGGCCCAGCCCAAGGGCCGGGUCCAGGAAGACUAACUAUGCAGUACUCUGGGCUUUCACUUCCACGUGCCCCACGUCACAGCACGACCACACCCUCCUCGGGACCUGGAGAGAGCACGCCGACGAUUAUGUGCGUCGAUGGAAACCAUCUGACUUAGUGUCUGACACAGGAAGCUCACUUCAAGCAGUGACUUUGGAUUGGAUUUGAGGAAUCCAGACUUUUCUGCAGAACAGGUACCUGGGCACUAGCCAGGAGUUGAGUUCAGGCUUGAACGUUGCCCAGGAGCACCAACCAACCCAUGAAUGCCUUUCCCAGGUUAAAACUUGGUGACUAAUGCCUAUAAUCACCAAAGUCACAGGGAUUCCCACUUGUCAUCCACUUCAGUAGAAAGUUCUCUGUUACCAACUUCAUACAAACCCCACUGACUAGCCAUCUCUGCUGCUCUGGAGCAGCGUGGGUUCUGCCCCCAGUCUCCACCCACCCAGUAAACGUUGGUCUCCACUCUGCAAUGGCAGUACAGGUAACUUCGGGACCUGCCUUGAGUUAGACCUCCAGACCCACAUUGUGGCUGAUGAGAGCUGUGUCCUCGGCCACCGUGUGGUGCUGACCCUGAAAAUUACAGGGCAACUAACGUAAGCAGUCCCUGGGCCUUUCUAACAUCCUCCUCCAGAGACAGGACUUUGAGCUUUUGCCCUGGGCCCAACGGUGAUGACCAUCAAGUGAUACGCUUUUUCCGCCACCAUAGUCCCCGUUAUGAUUAUUUCUUAUCUCAUAGCUCCCCAGAUAUGAAAGAUUCCCUCAAAGCCAGUUCAGGCUCACGGUUUCAACAAAGCCUGGCUUUGAGGUUCCUGUUCCUGGGAGCACUUUUUAGGCAUAUUUAUAGCCUCCCCUCCCAACCAUGUUUAUAAGGCAGAAUUUUGCAAGUCUUGACGUUAAUAGAGUAGCUAGCUCUUCAAAACCCAGAAAGCACAAUUCUUGGAUAGUCACAACAGACAACUGUAGUCUGGGUCGUCGUUUGUUUUCUAGGUGGGUUUUUCCUACUUAUUCAAGCCCCAGUCUUUAAUUUUAUGAAACAACUUCCAUUAAGCUCCUGCCGAAAUGAAAUUUUGUAAAUCUUAAACCAUUACGAUUCCUGUACUGUUUCAAUCAAAGCUAUAGUGUGAUAUUUCAGUC